AUGGAAUAUAUAGGCGUGACGGCAAACUCGUUGAAACGUCGACUCGACGUGUCAGAGACGUCUGACUCCGAGAAUAUCGACCCUCUCCUCGGAGCCUCUCCAUCUAAACGUACCAAGGGCAGCCAGAUGCACAACGGUUCAAUUGACAAUACCCACAUCUUCGCUAAACCUGCCUUGAUAAUUAAGAGCCCGGCAAAGGCUCGAAGCGGCAACUCGGAGUUCGCGACUCCAGCCCGCCCUAUUCGAGGCCAUACGUCCCUUUCAGCCCCUCUCCGGGCCCCGGCUGGUCGUUCGCCAAAAGCAAAGACGAAGAGUGUAAAGGCCUUUGGCCGUCGCAGCCUUGGCUACUGUCGCGUUGAUCCCCCAACUAUCUCCAAGCGCAACAUGCCUCGAGCACCUUUCUCCAUCGCCGACGCUCUCAAUGGCACUUUCACAGUCUCUCGCCCAGUUGUGCAGCAGACUCCCGCGGCCGUCAAAACAAGACGUCCAAAGGCAUGGGAGUUUGAGAUCCAUACAGACACGGCACAGGAUGAGAUGGCAAACUUGAUGGAACACUCAACCUGUGUUCUCGAUAUCAGUGAUGAUGAAGAGAAACAGGCACGGGAUACCAGGGGCAAAGAAAACAUCCCUCCCCCACAGCUCUUUGAUGGAAACAAUGAGUCCACGACAACUCAGCAGCCAGCUACUGCGACUAGGAAUGUUGAGAUGGGAGAUGAACCUCGUUCGCCCCUCGGAGAACUUGACGUGAAGUCCUUUGUUCCUGAAGGUGAAGAUAUCUCUAGCGUCAUUGAGAUUCCCGAAGACGAUGAGGAGACUCCAGCUGAAGAGGCCUCGGCUCCCGUUGAACAAUGUCUGGAUAUCGCUCCCAAAGAACAGCCCAAGACAUCUGCUCAGCCAGAACUUCUCACUCACUCUGCAAUUGCCGCGCUGCUUGACCGCACCGCUCCAGAGGUCUCUGUUGAGGACCCGACCAAGAAAGACGUAGCCAACGAGUUAGCUCCUGGUGAUGCCGAGAUAGAAAUCUGGGAGAGUGCCAGCGCAGCUGAGGAGGCCUUGACAGCUGUUGCAGAAGCUGAUAAGCCUGCCGACUCCACGGCCCCCUUGUCCUAA